ACUGCGACAUCUGUACGUCUCACUCGCGGAGAGACCCCAAAUAUAGGCCAAGUAGAGAUCAUGGUGAACGGAUCGUGGGAAGCCCUCUGCGGAAAUAACAAUUGGAUAGCUGAUGUCGCGGAAGUAGUUUGUGGAUCUUUAGGAUACGGACGGAGCAACGUAUUGACGCGACGAAACUUAUGGGGGGAUUCCGAUGUCGAUAUUACCUACACUCUAAUGGAUUGCCAUAGCAUGGCCUCUAGAUUACACGAGUGCACCCUCGGUAGGGUUGGGGAAUGCCAAGGAAGCAGGUACGCCGGAGUAGCAUGCGACACAUUCCAACUCAAUAAUAUGAGUCUUCGAUUGACCAAUGGUACCGGUCCUCAUGAGGGUCGAGUUGAAGUCUCAUACCUUGACAGAUGGAACGGCCUCUGUGGAAGGAAAGUGGAUCGUACCAGAAGCGACGUUCUUUGUCGAAGUGUGGGCUAUGAUCGAGUGUUUGCAGUGUUGCAGCAUGGGGCAUUUGGGGAACCUUCAAACCUAUUCUUCGACCGCAUAUUCUGCCAAACAACUGAUAUGUUUCAGAAAUGUCGUCUCAGCGUCUAUAAGGACAAUUACUGCAUAGCUGGUUUUGGCGGUACUUCAAUUUCCUGUGACACUCAUGGCUUUGACGUUGAUGUUGAUGCCGACAGUUUUAAGGACAUGAUGUUGUCCAUUGAGUGA